AUGGAAGCGAAGAACUUUGCAGUUUGGGAUUAUGUCGUGUUUGCAGCCCUUUUUGUCAUUUCCUCUGGAAUUGGGGUGUUUUUUGCAAUUAAGGAGAGAAAAAAGGCAACUUCCCGGGAAUUCCUAGUAGGGGGAAGGCAAAUGAGUUUUGGCCCUGUAGCAUUGUCUCUGACAGCCAGUUUUAUGUCAGCUGUCACUGUCCUGGGGGCUCCUUCUGAGGUCUACCGCUUUGGGGCUUCCUUCCUGCUCUUUUUCAUCGCCUAUACAUUUGUCAUCAUCUUCACAUCAGAGCUCUUUCUCCCUGUGUUCUACAGAUCUGGCAUCACCAGCACUUAUGAGUAUUUACAACUACGAUUCAACAAAUCAGUUCGAUAUGCAGCAACAGUCAUCUACAUUGUGCAGACGAUUCUCUACACAGGAGUAGUGGUCUAUGCCCCUGCUCUGGCACUCAAUCAGGUGACUGGAUUUGAUCUCUGGGGCUCUGUGUUUGCAACAGGAAUUGUUUGCACAUUCUACUGUACCCUGGGAGGAUUAAAAGCAGUGGUGUGGACAGAUGCAUUUCAAAUGGUUGUCAUGAUUGUGGGCUUCUUAACAGUUCUCAUUCAAGGAUCAGCUCAUGCUGGUGGAUUACACAGUGUAUUAGAACAAUCAACCAAUGGAUCUCGACUAAAUAUAUUUGACUUUGAUGUGGAUCCUCUCAGAAGGCACACUUUUUGGACAAUCUCUGUGGGAGGAACUUUCACAUGGCUUGGGAUAUAUGGAGUUAAUCAGUCAACCAUCCAACGAUGUAUCUCUUGCAAAACAGAAAAGCAUGCCAAACUAGCCUUGUACUUUAAUUUGUUGGGUCUCUGGAUCAUUCUGGUGUGUGCAGUCUUCUCUGGCUUAAUCAUGUAUGCACACUUCAAAGACUGUGACCCCUGGACUUCUGGAAUCAUCUCAGCACCAGACCAGCUGAUGCCAUACUUUGUCAUGGAGAUAUUUUCUACAAUGCCAGGUCUGCCAGGGCUCUUUGUGGCUUGCGCCUUCAGUGGGACCCUGAGCACUGUGGCUGCCAGCAUCAAUGCCUUAGCAACAGUGACCUUUGAGGACUUUGUCAAGAGCUGCUUUCCUCACCUCUCCGACAAGCUGAGCACCUGGAUCAGUAAAGGCUUAUGUCUCUUAUUUGGCGUUAUGUGUACCUCCAUGGCUGUGGCAGCUUCCCUCAUGGGGGGUGUCGUGCAGGCGGCCCUGAGCAUCCAUGGCAUGUGUGGGGGCCCCAUGUUGGGCUUGUUCUCUCUGGGAAUUGUGUUCCCGUUUGUGAACUGGAAGGGUGCACUAGGAGGCCUCAUAAUUGGAAUCGUCUUGUCAUUUUGGGUGGCCAUUGGGGCCUUCAUUUACCCUGCACCAGCCUCCAAGACAUGGCCGUUGCCUUUAUCCAUAAAUCAGUGUGCCCUCCCCAAUGUCACGGAAUCAGUGCCUCCAGUGCUAUCCAGCAGACCUGCAAUCGCUGACAUGUGGUAUUCGCUCUCCUACCUUUACUACAGUGCAGUAGGCUGCCUAGGAUGCAUUGCUGCUGGAAUAAUAAUCAGCUUCCUAACAGGUCACCAGAGCGGCAAAGACAUUAAACCACUGCUCAUUAGACCUGUUUGCAAUUUAUUUUGCUUUUGGUCUAAGAAAUACAAAACUUUGUGCUGGUGUGGAGUUCAGCAUGACAGUGGGACAGAGCAGGAAAAUGUUGAGAAUGGCAGAGCAUGGAAACAAGGGGUGGAAUCUGUCUUCCAGAAUGGACUCAACGGGGAGAGCUUGGUUCCUGUUCCAGGAUAUGACCCCAAAGACAAAAGCUACAACAAUAUGGUGUUAGAAAAGGUUACCCAUUUCUAAGGCA